CCCAGCCUCCCUCAGUCCCCCGCCUCGUCAGUCACACACCCGCCCGCCCCUCCGUCUGCACCAGCUGUCCUCCGCCGCAUCAACCUGCCCGCGACCCGCCGUCACCUCCACGCUAACUCAAGAUGCUGCUGCUGGCGGUGUGGGGGGCGGUGGCCUCCUUCUUCGCCGGCACAGCUGACGCCACCGUCGCCAUCCUGCCCCGCCCCGACCUUCCCAUCGUGGGCGAGAACUCACCGAUUGCGUCCCUCCCUGUGGCGGCACUGAUCGCCCUCGAGGUCGCCGUGGUCAUCGGUAUCCUGCAGAACGGCGGCGAGGCGAUCACCUUGGACGAGUGGAAGCGACUCAAGGACAAGGACAACUACGAGUACAUAUAUGACUACGACUACGGGAAGCCCUUCAGGAGGCUUAUCUACUUCGCCGCCAGCGCCCCCGACGACAGCGAGGCUUACUUCGAGUCGGAGGAGCACGAGGAGGAGCACGAGGACGCGACGGAGGCGGAGGCGGCGGCGGAGGGGGAGGGGGAGCGCCGCAGGAGAAUAUUCCAAAAAGGAGUGCCUCCCUUCAGCCACUACCGCCCCGCCUCCUACGGCACACCCAGCCACUACGGCCAAGGCUUUCCCCCUCCUUCCUCCUACGGCACACCCAGCCACUACGGCCAAGGCUCUCGCCCUCCUUCCUCCUACGGCCAGAAAUACAACCAACCCUCUCCCAACCGCCGAAACUCCUACCAACAACCUUCUUCCUACGGCCAGGGAUCCCCCGGCCAGCAGGGCUCCUACCCACCGCCCACCCACACCCAGGGUUCGUACCCCCAGCCAGAGCAGCUGCCAUACCGCCGGUACAAGAGAGAUCUCCAGGGUCUUUCCACCGGCGAGGUGGUGGAGGAGCUGAUGAAGGCAGUGGACGACCUGACGCAAGAGAAGGACGCGAGAGCGUUGGUGGAGGAGGUGGUGCACCUGACGGGGCAGGUAAUGAGCCUGGACAAGGACGGCUGCCUCCUCAAGCUGCUGUGCCACAUUCAGGAGAAGCCCAGGGACGCCCGCGCCCCCGAGCACGACCAGCUGUUCCGCCUCUUUACCCUGAACGCCGCCUCAGAACCCCUAAAGUGUCGGCAGGAGUUCCCGCAGUGUCCCGUGCAGGAGGCACAGCUGGCGGAGGCCUUCACGUUCACGUGGCCGCACCAGAAUACUGUCUAGUGGAACACACCCUAGUGACGUAUGUGUGAAUGACGCUCGAUUUUGUAUGUGGUAUAGUGAUGUAUUAUUUAGGCCUAUAUUGUAAACUCUCUCUCUCUCUCUCUCUCUCUCUCUCUCUCUCUCUCUCUCUCUCUCUCUCUCUAUCUAUCUAUCUAUCUAUCUAUCUCUAUCUAUCUAUCUAUAUAUCUAUCUAUUUAUUUAUCUCGCGUCUAGCUGCGGUGCUGUGUAAAUUAAGUUGUCUUAAUACAUAAAACACAAAUG